UGUUAUUCUUGAGUACCCCUGAUUACGAGCUUAUAAGAAGCUGAGAUUUUUUUGCUGAACACUCAGUCUUGGACAAUGGGCAGAUUGGCGGUAACUUUGAUCCUGGGCCUCCUGGUGGCCCAUGGAGCUGUGGGAGCUCCGAGCCAGAAGGCCAUUCCCGGCCCCGGCGGCGAGGACUGGGCUUACUUAGACGUGAGGCCUGGAGCACAUAUGUUCUACUGGCUGUACACGUCGACCGCGGCCACCGACCCGACCACUCUGCCCAUCAUCAUCUGGCUUCAGGGUGGCCCAGGCGGCAGUAGCACGGCUUAUGGCAAUUUUGACGAGAUGGGUCCUCUUGACGUCAAUUUGCAGCCCAGGAACUCCUCAUGGGUGCAUCACGCCAAUCUGUUGUUCAUCGACAACCCUGUCGGUGCUGGAUACUCAUACGUGGAUAACUUGGCUGAUCUGGCCACCGAUGUCUCCCAGAUCUCGGCCGAUUUGCUCGAGUUCAUGAAGCUGUUCUACGUGAAAUACCCUGAGUUCAUCGACACUCCCGUCUACUGUUUCUCCCAGUCCUACGGUGGAAAGAUGGCUGCGCACUUUGGCCUUGAGAUGGAUAGAGCUAUCAAGGCUCAAGAGAUUGUUAGCAACUUCAAGGGAGUCGUGCUGGGGUCCUCCUGGAUUGAUCCUGUCGAGUCCACAUCCAGCUGGGCCGAUUAUCUUUUGCAGACCAGCAUCCUGGACACAAGGGGCCGCAACAUUGUUUUCAACAGAGCCGAGGAGUGCCGCAGCAAUGCAGCAAACGGCCUGUGGGCCGAGGCCACCCAGUGCUGGUCGGACACGGAGGUCCUCAUCCUUAUCUACGGUCACAAUGUUGAUUUCUACAACAUCCUUUAUAAGACCUCACCAGGCUUCCUCCAAGAUAUCCUCGACACCAAAGAUCCCAAAAAGAGAGCGUACAAACUAGCCGUGAGGCAGUCCAAGGCUGUUGAAGACAUCAUGAACGGAGUCAUCUACGACAAGCUCAGCGCCACCCUGCCCUACCUGAACCCUUGGGACGCCCAAGGAGACGCCGUUUUCGACGCCAACUGGGAGGACUUCAUGAAGUCUGCUGUAGGAGCUGUCGAGAGUCUGCUCACCGACACCGAACUCACUGUGGCCAUUGAUAACGGCCAGCUUGAUUUGAUCUGCGACACUCCAGCUCAACUGAUCUGGUCCGAGAGAAUGAACUGGGCUGACGUGGGCAGCUGGGUGUCUGCUUCGAGGAACGCCUUCACCGUCGACGGCCUUACUGAAGGAUACAACAAGCGUUUUGGUCGCUUCAGCUUCUGGUGGAUCAACCGCUCCGGACACUCUGUUCCUUUCGACAACCCUUGGGGAUCAAUUGUGAUGAUGCGCGACGUCGUCGGACUUCCACCUCAGAAGAAUGUCAAGUUUGUCAAGGACGAGCAGUAAAAGACGUCAAGACAAGGAAGUCACCAAUCUGGUCUCCGCUUGCGAUAAGGGAUUUUUGCAAGUUCGAGCGCUUCAAGUUAACGAAUAUGUAAAAAUAAAGUGGCAAACGAGCAAAGAAA